AUGACAACUCUGGCUAUAUUUGACGACAAAGAAACCAGGACACAACGACAAGCUAGGGACAAGUUUGCUCCCAUCCCCGACGUUUGGGAUCUCUUCCACACCAACGUAGCCAAGCACUAUCAUCCGGGGCAGAACAUAACAUUUGAUGAACAGCUGGUUCCAUGCCGUGGGAGAUGUAGUUUCAUCCAGUACACCCCAAGCAAUCCAGGUAAAUAUGGAAUUAAAAUCUUCUCGGCGUGUGACUCUGAAAGCAAAUACCCACUCAGAGGCUCCCCUUAUUUGGGCAAGGAGCACACAGGACCAAGACCCGCCCCAGAGAACAAGGCCGUGGGAUCCAACAACGUUCAAAAGCUGACUCAAUACUUCAAGGGCUGUGGUAGAAAUAUCACUUGUGACAAAUUUUUUUUUACCAGUCUUGACUUGGCUGAGGUACUGGUAAAAGACAACCUAACUAUGGUUGGCACAGUCAGGUGGAACAAAACAUUUCUGCCUGUGAACUUCCAGGAAAAAUAA